AAUUUGUGCGGCCCCCGGAGGAUGUUGAAAAAAUUGAAAUGGCCCUUGAGAGGAAAAAGGUUCCCCACCCCUGGUAUAAAGGUAAAGGAAGAGGCGGGGUUUGACUGCGAACCAAUCACCUUGCUGCUGAUCCAGGAGCAGGGACCACAGUGGAUCCGCUUUAACUUCCUCGCCAAAAUCACAGGUGGGAGUCUAAAGACUAUUUUAGAAUCAGAUCAGGAGUCUCUUCAGGCCGGCUGGUGGGACAGAAAGGCUGUCCUCCCUCUGAGAGGACGAGACAUCAUCCGGAUCAUCGACUGCGGGCUCAAGUACUGUCAGGAACCCUGGCAUCCUGUCACACUACCGUUAGACCUGAGCUGCCGUCACGUUGUGCAGAAACUCAUCCUGGUUUUCACCAACGCUGCGGACAAGAUCUGGCUCCUGCUGAUCAAAGGUACCUGGCUGCUGAUCAGAAACUAA